AUGGACUUUGCCAGACCAGAGGGCCAAAUGGAGGUACAGUCGGCCCAUGACACGAGCUCCAAGAGGGGCAUGCUCCAGGAUGCCAUCUUCCCAGCGUUCGGCAACGAUGCGGGCGCCCCCAGCGUGGAAUCGCCAGAGCAGCUGCAGAAGAACGAUCCGCUGGGCACGCAAAUCUGGAAGCUGUACUCGCGGGCAAAGACGCAGCUCCCCAAUGCUGAGCGCAUGGAGAACCUGACCUGGCGGAUGAUGGCCAUGAACAUGCGCCGCGCCGAGAUGGAUCGCAAUAAAGGGCCCGCUCCCGAUGCGCACCACGCUGAAAUGAUGCCGCCGCCGCCCUCAACAGCAGGCGCAAGACCGCCGCCAAGAUCCGCUCCCAGCGGCAUCGCCCAGCAGCUGCGCAAGUCGCAGGACCAGCAAGCGCAGGUACAGCAGAACUCGCCUCACGACGCCAUGAACCUGGACGAUUUUAUAUUUCCGUCGUCCGUCGGCAGUCCUGCAGGCCUGUCGCCCGAAUUGUCGAAUGAGGAUGCGGCUCCAUUUAAUGCAACAGCCCCAGCGAUACCGAUAAGAAAGCCGCAUCUAGCCAACGACCACAACCUCUCCCUCGCCCGCGCCUCCGCGCCCUCGGUGCCUCCUACUAUCCACAGAGAGGAUGAAUUUGGCUACGUUCCGCGACACGUCCGCAAGACCAGCAUCGACGAGCGACGACCUCCCAAGCGGCGCGCUGAAGCCUCUCCUCUGGUCCCUCCCGUCAACAGUAUCAUGAUACCCACCGACGCCCAGGCCGAGCACGACCUGCACCAGUACUCGCUCGACCACUCCAUGCAGCCCCCCACCUUCCCAGCCUCACAGGCCCAGGCCCCCUUCAGCAUAGACACCUUCUCCAUGCACGACGACCCCGUCAUACACUCCGCCGGCCCUUACCAGCAGAACUUCUCGGGCUUCUCCCCUGUCGGUUCGCCCCUCAUGAGCCACAACGCCUUCAACUCCAACAUGUUCAACCAGCAGUCCAUGGCCUCCUCCCUCAACUCCACCGACUACUACUCCCCACCCAGCUCCGCCUUCCCCUCCACCGUCUCCACCCCACAGCCCAUCCCCGAGGACAACCAGAUGUACUUUGACCGGAGUGGCAUGGACAUCCGCAACUCGCACGGCGGGGCCUCGUAUGGACCCCACCGCCCCUCCAACCUGUCGACCUCCAUGCAGCCGCAGUUCAUCUUCAAUCCUGGAGCCGGCGGUCCCGACUCUGUCUUCAGUCCAGUCACGAGCACUAGUGGCUCGCUACCAUUCUCCUCGGCGUCGUCGUUUGGUCAGUCGAGUCACGUAGAUCCGUCUCAAGUACUCCACAACCAUCUGCCGCUACGACAGCAGCACGAGAUGCAGAUGGGACGUCAGGAGAACAUGUUCACCUUCGGCGCAGAUUCUGACGCCGAGGACGACGAAGGAAGCGCGUUCGCAGACCGUACCAUGCCACAAGACUACUCGCAGAUGGAGGACGGGUCACUUGACUUCAAUGCUGGCUACCAGUGGGAGACAAAUCUCUCGAAUCAAUUCAACCCGAUGCAAGCGCGGUACCCGGCAGGACCCCCACGCAAAACGGUCACAAUUGGCGGCACCGAAAUGGUGCACUCACCGCAAGAUCACUGGAGUCCUGGGGGCAGUCUUGGGCGGACGCAUGGCUCGGCUGCCUCUCUGCACGGAGUUGUUCGGCCCUUGUCGCUCAAGACCGAUGUAAUCAAGAAGCGCAACCGCGGGAGCGGCAACGCACCUGUAGGCACGACAUCUACGCGAUCGUCAAAGAAGUCGUCGCGAAAGAACUCAAUCGCGCACACCCCGGUGACGACUCCCACGUCCCACAAGGCGGCCGAGUCUGAGUCUCCAAAAUCUACUGGCUCUGGUGGAGGCGCCUCCGGUACUAUGUCUUCAUCUACCACACCGACAUCCUCAAAACCGAGCGGUGUGGUUCCAAUCGCGCCUGGCCCGCCUAAGUCCAACAGCUCCGUAAACUUGGCACAGACUCGCACUGUCGCUCCUGCGCCGAAGCGUGUUCGCGGCUCGAGCAAAGUGGAAUCACAGGAGCUCGAAAUGGGCGAUGCGGACGAUACGAGUGGGAGAGCGCCAUUGCGCAGAAAAGACACUGCCAUCGCUAGUCCCAGUCCUUUCCCAGGUCAGAAUCUGGGCGCACUUCCGAUGGGUGCCAUGGGCCAAGGCCUGCAAUCAUCUGGUCCUGCUGAAUGGGAAUGGUUGACUAUGAGCUUGUGA